ACUGCUCUCAGUGCUUUUUUCCAAGAAACAAACAUCCCCUACAGCCACCACCAUCAGAUGAUGUGCACUCCCGCCAACACGCCGGCCACGCCGCCGAACUUCCCCGACGCCCUCACCAUGUUCUCCCGCCUCAAGGCCUCCGAAAGCUUCAACAGCAGCAGCCCCGUGGCCUCCAUGGCAACUUCUCCGCCGCCCCCAGCCCCGCCACUGCCCCAGCAUGGGGCCUUCAACCCCGCCUGGCCCGCGGCUUCGCCCCCCGGCCAGCAGCAGAGCAUGUGGACUCCGGCCCCCCCGGCGCAGCCCGCCGGCUGGCCAGCCGCCGUCUCCCAGCAGGCCACGGCAGAACAGAAGGCCAACGUGACCAUGGAGGCAGAGAGAUGAGGCCGUGGCGGAGAACAAACGCAGCGGGGACCCCUGCGUAUAAAUAUAUAUAUAUUUUCUUUUCCCCCUCCCCAAAGAGGAGAGGAACUCUGCUGCCAGGGUGUCUGGCAGCCGCCGAGACACACGAGCAAAUAGCUGCCUUGCAUGGGUUUGGUUUGAAGUAGUUUUUACUUGUUCUCGAGCUGAACGGAGCUCCCCAGAGACAACGGGAGGCUGCGUGGGAUGCGGGACCGGUGUUGGCCUCUGCCUGGGACCCCGCCGCUGCCGGGCUCUCGGGGAGGGAGCACCCCCUCCUCUCUUGGGACACUGGAGUUUGCAUGCGAGUGACAUUUAUGGAGGAGGUCCCUUCUUCACGGUCCCCCGAGCCACCCCACCAGGCAGAGUGGGUCGUGCCUGAGUGUUUCCCCCCCAUCCCUCAGCCCCACUCAACUAGGUGGGGGGCAGACACACCACGCAGCUUGUUUUUUGUAAAGAGGGGAGAGAGCAAGGACUGUUCUGCUCGGCCGCAGCCUCCACCUCGCAUGCAUCGUGCUCACUGGUGAGCAGGGCUGGGGGGACACCAGCUCCUGGGGAGGCACCUGCCCCCUCGCCCAGCACCAGCGAUGGGGAACCAGGGGUGGCAGGGGGUUACCCUCCCCUGUCCUCCUGGGAUGGGGUUUGCCCUGGGGCUGUUUGCAUGACACAGUGUAACCCUAGAGACUGGGAUCGUUUUUAACCCCUCUGUUCUUUUCUCCCGGCGGCUGGAAGUCUCUCCGGAUGCGCCGCAGCCGCUUGCAAUACACGCUCUUCUGCUUUGAA